AUGGCUGCUUCUCGUGUGGCCAUCAUCACGGGCGCCUCGUCGGGCAUCGGUAAGGCAGCCGCGCUGCUCUUCGCCUCCAAGCAGUUCAAGCUGUCGUUGACCGGAAGAAACGAAUCGGCGCUGAAGGAGCUGGCCGCCGAGUGCAUCAAGCGGGGUACCCCGGAAAAUGCGGUGACCUUCUCGGUGACGGACCUGUCCGCCGACGGCGCCCCCUCCCAAAUCGUCUCCCACACCCUGGACAAGUUCGGCCAAAUCGACACUCUGGUAAACUCGGCGGGGAUCCUGACGAGUGGCCCGGUGCUCGAAUCCGGCAUCGACGUCUACGAUCGCGUGAUGGAGUGUAAUGUCAGAAGCCUCGUCCGGCUGACACGAGAAGCCCUACCCCACAUCAUCAAGCAGAAGGGCACCAUCGUCAACGUGAGCAGCAUCAACGGCCCGUGCCCGUUCCCAAACGUCACCUACUACUGCAUGUCCAAGUCGGCCGUCGAUCAAUUCACCAAGUGUCUCGCCCUGGAGAUGGCCCCGCACGGCGUUCGCGUCAAUGCUGUUUGCCCGGGCGUGACCGUGACGGAACUGCACCGCCGGGCCGGCCAGAAUGACGAGACGUACAAAAAGUUCCUCGAGCAUUCAAAGACGACGCACGCCCUUGGCAGACCCGGGGAAGCCGUUGAAGUUGCAAAGGCCAUCUACUUCCUCGCCUCCGACGACAGCUCGUUCACCACCGGUGACCUGCUCCGCGUCGAUGGCGGCCGAGGCAUCAUGCAUCCACGC